AGAUAGAGGUCUGAGGGCCUACCGCGAUCCACAUUCGACAUAUUGCCUCCUUGUCACACUUACGUACGAAUUUACAAGUGCGACAGAGAGUGUCAUCUGUUGUUAUGCCAAACAAUAAUUAUAUCAAAUGAGCGUUGUUGCAACUAAUAUUAUAUUAUAUUAAAAAAUAUAGCGAUCGAUACGCACCCAUAUAAUAUAUAGGUCCUUCCCGAUAGUAUUCCUUUCUAAUUUAUUUAUAUCAAUAGAAUAAACAACAACCAAAGAGCAUAUAAUCACUACAACAACAUGCAUAUUGCUGAAACAAACUGGCAAUGUUACAUUUCAAUUUAAUACAUAGCCCUUAAUGCUCCAGCUUUACCCUCCACCGAUGAACAGCUGCCAGACGUUUGGAAUCGUAGCCCAUUUACCGGAGCUAGUUCUCUGUCUAAAAUGAUUAUGUAUGGUGCUUGCAACAUCGGAAACGUCACAUGCGCGUUGCUCACCCUUUAUGUAUGUACGAGUAUUGUAUAAGCAAAGAGCAUAUCUUCACUAUAUAUACUAUCAUUGGCAGUUUAGGGGAUAACUACAUGCAGCUCCCUUAUUCUUACAAUUAUUAAAUAUGCGUCAAAAGGAUUCCACAAUAGCCGAACGUGCCCGAAAGAGUAUUGAUUUUUUUAGAUAUUAUGUUGGGAUACCUAGGUACUUGCCGGUAGGUAUCCUAGGAUUGAAAGUAUUGAUUUCUGAAAUGGGCGGACCACGCUCAGUUAGUGCCGGUGUUCAUUAUUUUGUUAAAGAAAUUUAAGAACAUGGAAAUAGAUUCAGAAACAGAAAAUGAUAUCUUAAGAGAUUUGGCGCGACUACAACUAUCUAAAUUUGAAUCAAGUGCUGACGAAAGCGUUUUACCGGGAGAAGAUAUGAACAAAGAGCACACUGAGCCUUUGUCAUGGACCAACCCACCUUCCCGCGAGGCCCGUGAGCUAAUCGUAGCCGAGGAGAUCUUACGCUUUGCCACUAUUACUGAAAGACCGUUCACAUCUUUAAGCACACGAGCAAUUCAGGCAGCCCCGGAAUUGAUAUCUGUUACCCCAAGUAAUACGACUAAGAAAAUUAAUGAAGCUACGGCGCAUCUAACUUCUGAGGUUGCAAAUGGGGAUGAGAUGCCUGCGGUUAAUCAGGCGCCUUCAAGAUCCACCCGCAUUGCCUCAGAUGCUGGACCAAACGGCUCACAGCAGCCACUUCAAAGUGCGAGUUUUGAAGUGUCACCACCAUUAGUGUCCAAUUCUCCAGAUGCUUAUUUUCCGGAAAGAGAAGCUGCUUUUCCAAUUGAACCCCAAAAAAACAAUUGCCCGUACCGCUUACCAGUGUUUAGGCCGAAUAUAGUACCUGUCACAAAUCGAAUACUUGCGGCUAUAGCUCAAAAUGAAUUGGAACGCCCUACGUCUAAUAGUCCAGUGGUACUACAGCCGACGAGCAACGGUGAUAUGAGCCAAUACUGGCCGCGUAACAAUGGCCAACUGUUUCAGUAUUUUCUUGAACAUUUAAGAUUUAUUCAAGGCUCAGAUUUGUCUAGCUCAUCAAGCCCUGAUUCUCAAGGUCCAAGUCGCAGUUUUUCGCCGGUAUUGAAACCGUCGAUAAAUAAUUCUAAUGAUGAAAUAUCAUCAUUAAAUCAGCACAUAUUGCUGACUACUAAACUUGAAGAAAUGGUUACUAAGAAUUUAAAGAAUAUAAUGGAUGAGACUGGUGUUGAAACAGUGGAAGGAGGUAACAAUUAUAAAGAUGUUAAUAUUGACGUCAACAACGUUAAUAAGGAAGAGGUAAACCCACAAGAGGGAACAUCAGGAAUUAACAGGAAGGGAAUUCCAUUGGAGGCUGUUGAUGUAGAUAAUACUUGCGACCCAUGCCACUUACGGCCAUGCCUAAGAAAUCACAACCCAAAUAUUUCUAAUCUAUAUUUUGAAAACGAUAUAAACCUUAACAGAGGAGUGGAUGCUUCAUGUGAAAACGUAGCUCAGUCGGAAUAUCCCGAGGAAGAUAAGUCGUCAAGAACAGAGUGGACAAGGCCAGAGAAACGAAGACUUGGUAUUGUAAUAAGAGACUUUUCUAGAUCAAUGAAGACAAAGGAGUUGCAACAUAAGAAAUCUAAUUUGCUUAAAAAGGGCAGAGUUAUUGCACAAGCCAUUGAAAACAAAAUUUGUAAAAUUGACCAAGAAAUCAUGGAUGUGCAUAAGAAAACCUUGAGGCAAGUAGCACUUCCACUGAACCAGAUUCAAGAGUAUGAUUGGGUUAAGGUGGCGAGUGUGUUGAAUGCUAAGCGAUCACCGGAAGAGUGCCGAACGCAUUGGAAAUGUUUCCUUCACCCGAGCAUCAAUAACGGCGAAUGGACUCUAAUUGAAGCCAGAGCGAUGGAAAUUAUAGCCCAACGUCACAACUUCCGAAACUGGGACGACAUUGCAGAGGAACUUAAUACUGGGAGAAGUGGUUAUCAGUGUUACCAGUUCUUCCGUAAAUACUUGUGUCCCCAUUUAGAGUUACGCGGCCAAUGCAACCAUAAGUAAUAUUACUAAUACUAGGAGAAGCGGUUAUCAGUGUUACCAGUUCUUCUGUAAAUACUUGUGUUCCCAUUUAAAGUUACGCAGCCAAUGCAACCAUAAGUAAUAUUACUAAUACUGGGAGAAGUGGUUAUCAGUGUUACCAGUUCUUCUGUAAAUACUUGUGUCCCCAUUUAGAGUUACGCAGCCAAUGCAACCAUAAGUAAUAUUACUAAUACUGGGAGAAGUGGUUAUCAGUGUUACCAGUUCUUCCGUAAAUACUUGUGUCCUCAUUUAGAGUUACGCGGCCAAUGCAACCAUAAGUAAUAUUACUAAUACUGGGAGAAGUGGUUAUCAGUGUUACCAGUUCUUCUGUAAAUACUUGUGUCCCCAUUUAGAGUUACGCGGCCAAUGCAACCAUAAGUAAUAUUACUAAUACUGGGAGAAGUGGUUAUCAGUGUUACCAGUUCUCCCGUAAAUACUUGUGUCCUCAUUUAGAGUUACGCGGCCAAUGUAACCAUAAGUAAUAUUACUAAUACUGGGAGAAGUGGUUAUCAGUGUUACCAGUUCUUCUGUAAAUACUUGUGUCCCCAUUUAGAGUUACGCGGCCAAUGCAACCAUGAGUAAUAUUACUAAUCUUAAGUCUUGAGUGUCCAUACAAAAAUAAUGAAAGUAAAGUAAAAGUAGGAAAUAAUUAUAAAGUUUCAAUGUCUACCUACUCUUUGGUAGAUUUGAUGGAAUUAGGAUUUUGAAUACGAGUAUACCUAAGACUAAAUUUGAAGGCUGACGUAGGAAAUUGUUGAAGGAUAGACAGUUAAAAUAUGACUAAAAACAAUUUAUUGUCGGUAUGAAAGCAAUGUAUUAACAAAAAAGAAAACAGAACUUUCUGUUCAGAAUUUAGAUCGGUAAUUAGUAAUAAUUACUUACUGAUUUUAGGAUGCAGGGAUAUGUUGAAAAUAUUGACUAUACGAGCAAGGACCAAUGAUUAAGAAGUAAUUUACUAAGGCAGAUCAAAAGUUUAACGCUACAAUUAUUUCUAAUAUGGAAUAAUGAUAAAACAGAACUGAUAUUUAUUUUAUUUUCUUACGAUAACUUCGUAUAUUGAAGACAAACCAAACAUUAUU